AAGCGCUGCCCGCCGGCAGGUGCGGGUUCCUGGGCAGGCGGCGUGUGGAGCCGGGACGGCCUGUGCCCCACUGGGAUUGUGGUGCGCGCCUGCGGGCUGGAGUGCGUGGGCGGCCGGGGCGGGUCCUCGCCGCGUGGCUCCCGCAGGAGAGAAACCGCGCUCGGCCGAGGCCGCGGGAGUGAGGGGUCGGGCGAUUGCGAGCUGUGGAGCUUUGUUGAAGUCAAAAUGUCUCAAAAAAUCCAUGGCGGUUCUGUAGUAGAGAUGCAAGGAGAUGAAAUGACACGAAUCAUUUGGGAGUUGAUUAAAGAAAAACUCAUUUUUCCGUAUGUGGAUUUGGACCUGCACAGCUAUGAUCUAGGCAUAGAGAAUCGGGAUGCGACCAACGACCAGGUCACCAAGGAUGCUGCGGAAGCCAUAAAGAAGUACAACGUGGGUGUCAAGUGUGCUACCAUCACCCCUGAUGAGAAGAGGGUUGAGGAGUUCAAGCUGAAGCAAAUGUGGAAAUCGCCAAACGGCACCAUCCGAAAUAUCCUGGGCGGCACUGUCUUCAGGGAGGCCAUUAUCUGCAAAAAUAUCCCCCGGCUUGUGAGCGGGUGGGUGAAACCCAUUAUCAUAGGUCGUCACGCGUAUGGAGACCAAUACAGAGCAACAGAUUUUGUUGUUCCUGGGCCUGGAAAAGUGGAGAUAACCUACACGUCAAGUGAUGGAUCCCAGAAGAGGACCUACCUGGUGCAUAACUUUGAAGAGGGUGGUGGUGUGGCAUUGGGGAUGUACAACCAAGACAAGUCAAUCGAAGAUUUUGCACACAGUUCUUUCCAGAUGGCUCUGUCUAAGAGUUGGCCUUUGUAUCUGAGCACCAAAAACACUAUUCUGAAGAAAUAUGAUGGACGUUUCAAAGACAUCUUUCAGGAGAUAUAUGACAAGCAGUACAGAUCCCAGUUUGAAGCCCAGAAGAUCUGGUACGAGCAUAGGCUCAUUGAUGACAUGGUGGCCCAAGCUUUGAAGUCAGAGGGCGGCUUCAUCUGGGCCUGUAAAAACUACGACGGCGACGUGCAGUCGGACUCCGUGGCCCAAGGUUAUGGCUCUCUGGGCAUGAUGACCAGCGUGCUGAUUUGUCCAGAUGGCAAGACAGUAGAGGCAGAGGCUGCCCAUGGCACCGUAACGCGUCACUACCGCAUGUACCAGAAGGGACAGGAGACGUCCACCAAUCCCAUCGCUUCCAUUUUUGCCUGGACCAGAGGGUUAGCCCACAGAGCCAAGCUUGAUAACAAUAAGGAGCUUGGCUUCUUUGCAAAGGCUUUGGAAGAAGUCUGCGUUGAGACCAUCGAGGCUGGCUUCAUGACCAAGGAUUUGGCUGCCUGUAUUAAAGGUUUACCCAACGUGCAACGUUCUGACUACUUGAAUACGUUUGACUUCAUGGACAAACUCGGAGAAAACCUGAAGAUAAAACUAGCUCAGGCCAAACUUUGAGGUCAUUCCUCAGCUUGAGUGGAUAAGUGUUUGUGGUAGCUAGGUCCACUGGUUUACAUUUUUCUGUGUAACACUCAAAGGUAAAGGCAAAAUCAAUUUUGUAAUUUGUUUAGAAGCCAGAGUUUAUCUUUUCUAUAAGUUCACAGCAUUUUUCUUAUAUACAGUUGUGCCAUCUUCAUGAACAAGGCAGGGGACUUUUUUAAAUUUUAUUUUAUUUUCUACUAGUAGCCUAGGAAUUACUUGCGUAAUCAUCCAUACUCACUGUCACUUUUUCUCAUGUUCGAUAUAAAUGACCAAAAUGAAGAGUCCUUGAAAGGGUAAACCGUAGCCAGUGUUGUUCCCUAAAAUACGUGUAAGGUAGGAAGCGCUCCCUUCCUCACUCACCGUGCCCAGGUGCUGGGGGGUCCUGGUGCAACAGGGGCCCCGUGGUGAGGUCAAGCUGCCACUGGAACUUGUGCGUGAUUUGGAACGCAGAGCGCGGGUGGACCCAGACGUGUGGAAGAUGCAGCGGUCGUUUUGUAGAGAGCUCUUGUGGAAUGGUUCCAAGAUGCUAAAUACUUUUGAGGCCGUUGGAGGGUUUGGAACCCAGAAUAAAUACUCCCCGGGGGUCUGUCCCCCGCAUCAGUCACCUCGUCCUGGCCUCGUGUGCUCUGAGCAUCAUGCUACCCUGAGCAGCACGUCUCAUCCAAGUGCAAUAAUACGAGUGGCACCUUUUUUGGACUUCUGCUGGCCUGUUUUCUCUCCUUGAUGGAAAUGUGAUUUUUCAGAAGUUGAUUGUAAACACUAUUCUCGUCCUGUUCUCUACCUAAACUAUCGGUUUUAAUUAAAAUCAAGUGUUGAUGCCCUG